AUUACAUUUGCACUGCGCUAAGUCAAGGGAACGAGUACAAACGUUCACACCAAAUCUAUAAAGCCUUUGUUGUCAUCACAUCAUCUUCCACUAUCAAAGCAAAAUAAAAAAUAAAGGGAAAAAAAAAAUUAUUUGUGGAUGCCAAGGUUUUCACAUAAAACAACCACUUCUCCUCGUCUGAACACCAAUUAUUCUUUUAGUUUUAGCCAUGGCUUCCACCAAAAAGCCAUUUCUUCUACUCGCCACCAUUUCUGCAACUCUGGUAGCUCAAGUUUGCAGCUUCUUCAUCGACUUCCCCCUCGCCACCAACUACGAUCAGCUCGCCACGCUCAUCUGGAACUACGACACCAGCGUCUUCCAUGGCGAUCACGUGCGCCCUCCACCCCCUCUCGAAAUUAAAGCCGUCGCCAAUGCCUCCGUGCGAGUCGUUUACUACGAGAAAUUCCGGCUAAGAAACGGAGGUAAAACGGCGACGUUUGUCGCCAAUUUUGUGCUUAAUUUAGGGUCGGAGACAAAUUCGCCGCCCGGAAAUGAAGGGGUGGCGUUUAUUCUUGCUGCGGAUCCUUCCCCUCCGGCCGCCAGCGAGGGCCAGUGGCUGGGAAUUGCCAAUUCAACGAUGAACGGGACGGCGGAGGCGGCGAUUUUCGCAAUUGAAUUCGAUACGAGGAAGAAUUUUCCGGAGGAUGUGGACGGGAACCAUGUGGGGUUGGAUUUGAACAGUGUUUACUCUGUUUCGCAGAAGCCAUUGUCGGAAUUUCGGGUUAAUCUUUCGGCUAUGACGGAUGUUUUUGUCAGAGCGGAUUUUGACGGCCAAAACAUUUCAAUUUACGUUUCUACGUCGUCCAGAUUGGAAGAUCAGUUGAAAAGCCGCGUGAUUUUCCAUCCCCUGAAUCUCUCUGUUCUCCCCGACGAGGUUUACGUUGGCUUCUCUGCUUCGAAAUUCAAUUACGAAUCUCAAUUGAAUUGGAUCAAAUCAUGGCAAUUCUCCGGCACUGACGUUGUCGACGACGACGACAAACAUCACCGCCGCGGGUGGGUUUGGAUCACCGCCGUCGCCGGAGGACUCGUUUUCAUAUCUGGGGUUGCCAUCCUCUGCUUCUGGGUCGUGAGGAAACGCCAAAUGGAAGAUUCGGAAGAGGCAUAUCCAGACAUAGAAGAUCAGCUUCAAGAUUUCUCCAUAUCCCCACGAGUUCAAAAGUUCGGAUUCACAGAGCUGAAGAAUGCAACCGGCAAUUUCGACCCCAAGAACAGGCUCGGGAGAGGCGGAUUCGGAACGGUUUACAGAGGAAAUUUGAUGAACAAAGACGUCGCCGUGAAGAGAAUCUCAGAGGAUUCCCGUCAAGGGAAGCAAGAAUUCAUCGCCGAAGUGGCAACAAUCGGUGGCCUCCAUCACAAGAACCUCGUGAAAUUAAUCGGAUGGUGCUACCAGAAGAGAGAUCUUUUGCUCGUAUACGAAUACAUGCCCAACGGUAGCUUGGACAAGCUGAUCUUCGGCGGCGAUGACAAGUCCUCCACCGCACCCAAUUGGGAAAUUCGACAAAACAUAAUCUAUGGAGUAGCAGAAGCUUUAGAUUAUCUCCACAACGGGUGCGAGAAGACAGUGCUGCACCGCGACGUGAAAUCAUCAAACAUCAUGUUGGAUUCGAGGUUCGAAGCGAAGCUGGGGGAUUUUGGGUUGGCUCGAACAAUUCGUCGAACAGAACAGACGCAUCACUCCACGAGAGAGAUAGCAGGGACGCCAGGAUACAUGGCGCCAGAGAUUUUUCUAACCAGCAGGGCCACAGCAGAGACAGAUGUGUAUGCAUUUGGAGUUCUAGUCUUGGAAGUGGUGUGUGGGAGGAAGCCGGGAAGCCCAUCGGAGCUCGGGGGCUACGACGGGAGCCUCGCGCAUUGGGCGUGGGAGUUUCACAAGGAAGGGAAGAUUGGUGAGGCAGUGGAUGAGAGGAUUGAAGUCGAAGGGGAGUUUGUGAAGGAAGAAAUGGAGUAUCUACUGAUUUUGGGGCUGGCUUGUUGCCAUCCAAAUCCUCUGCAAAGGCCAACAAUGAGAAAUGUUCUUCAAGUGCUAAAAGGGGAAGCAAAUCCACCAAUUUUGCCCAAUGAAAGGCCUUCAUUUGUGUGGCCUCCCAUGCCCCCAUCCUUCAAAGAAGACACAGACAGCUCUCUCAAAGAUAGCCAACUUGCUCCAUUCACAAAGCUCUCAGGAAGACAUACAUCAAACGUCAGCAGCAGCAUUUCAGGCCUUCCCAGUUUCUCUCCUUGUUUGACCUCACAACAAAGGAGAGUUCAACCGAUUCUCUGCAAGACGCCAUUGUUUUUCCUCUGCAUACAGACGAUGAGCUCUUCUCUAGCAACUAUCAGAAUUCUCCUGCUGGCCACCGCCGCCUUCUUCGGCUGCGCUGUCCACCCCACACGGUGCUUCUUUAUCAACUUUCCAUUCUUCAGCGCUGAUGACCCGUCCGAGUUCCUUCUGAGUAAUAAUGCUGCCAUCUUCUUGGACGCCUUGCAAGUCACACUGGACGUCCGAGGAGCUUCCAUCGCCAACGAGUCUGGAAGGGUAGUUUACAGAAAACCAUUCAAGCUCAAAUACAAUGAUAAAAUCGCAUCUUUCACCACCAACUUCGAGAUCAAUAUCAGCCCGGUGUCGUCGCCGGCCGGUGAGGGUAUGGCCUUCAUACUAGCCGCCGAUGCUUCUCCUCCCACUGGCAGCUACGGACAGUGGCUGGGGAUUGUCAAUGCCUCCACAAAUGGAACGUUGGAGGCAAAAAUAUUGGCGAUCGAAUUUGACACCAGGAAGAAUUUCCCACAAGACGUCGACAGCAACCAUGUGGGUUUGAACAUCAACGGUAUCUUCUCCAUUGUUCAACAACCAUUAUCCGACUUCCGCGUUAAUCUUUCAUCUGCUAAUUCAAUUUUUGGGAUAAUCAAAUAUGAUGGGACGUACAUUUCAGUCUUUGUUUCCAUGUCCAACAAAAAAGAGGAUCAACUUAACAAUCUCGUCAUUUUUCGACCCUUGGACCUCUCCAUCCUCCCAGACAAAGUUUUCGUGGGAUUCUCAGCUUCAACAAGCAAUUAUACACAGUUGAACAGUGUGAAAUCGUGGCAAUUCUACGGCACAGAUUUCAGUAGAGGAAAAGGACCCCUGUGGGUGUGGCUCACAGUAGCUGGAGUUGUAGCAGGGCACAUAUGUGUGGCUGGCCUUGCCUUCUUUUUCUGGGAGACGAAACGUCGAAUGGACCAACCAGAUGAACCAUAUGGAGGCAUAGAAGAUCAGCUUAAAGAUUUCUCCAUAGCACCACGAGCCCAAAAGUUCGGAUUAAGAGAACUCAAGAAGGCAACAAACGAUUUUGAUCCCAAGAACAGGCUUGGAAAAGGUGGUUUUGGAACAGUUUACAAGGGAAUCUUGUUAGAUAAAGAGGUAGCCAUCAAGAGAAUCGCAGAGGACUCACGUCAAGGGAAGCAAGAGUUCAUAGCAGAAGUUGCUACUAUUGGCAGCCUUCAUCACAAGAACCUUGUAAAGCUAACCGGAUGGUGCUAUGAAAAGAGAGAUCUUCUACUUGUCUACGAGUACAUGCCAAACGGCAGCUUGUCCAAGCUGAUAUUUGGCAACAGUCAGAUCGAUGGGAUGGAGUUGGCACACAAUUGGGGAACUAGACGAAACAUAAUCUGUGGGGUGGCUGAGGCUUCGGAUUAUCUUCACAAUGGAUGUGAGAGGACAGUGCUCCAUAGAGACAUAAAGUCAUCCAACAUCAUGUUGGACUCAAAGUUCGAACCUAAGUUGGGAGAUUUCGGAUUGGCUCGAAUAAUCCAUCGAAGUGAGCAGACCCAUCAUUCAACAAGAGAGAUAGCAGGAACACCUGGCUACAUGGCUCCAGAGAUUUUUCUAACUUGUAGAGCUACGACAGAGACAGAUGUAUAUGCCUUUGGAGUUCUCAUCCUAGAAGUUAUGUGUGGAAGAAAGCCAGGAAAUCCAUCUGAGCUUGGUGGCUAUGAUGGCAGUCUAGCACAUUGGGCAUGGGAGUUUCAAGGGAAAAUUGUUGAAGCUGUGGAUGAGAGAAUUGAAGGACAAUUCAUUGGAGAAGAACUGGAGCAUCUAUUGAUUCUGGGGUUAGCUUGUUGCCAUCCCAACCCGCUCCAAAGGACCACCAUGAGAAAUGUUAUGCAUGUGCUCAAGGGGAAGGCAAAUCCACCAGUUUUGCCCAAUGAAAGGCCUUCAUUUGUGUGGCCUCCCAUGCCCCCAUCAUUCAGAGAAGAUGCAAACAACUUAGUGAAAGAAAGUCAGCUUACUCAAUUCACAGAACUUACUGGGAGAUGAUAUUUUCAUGAAAGGUUUUGUGCUUUGUCAUGCAUGGAAUCUGCCUCUAUGCAUGCCAUGUGCCUUCUCUCUCUAAAAUAUAUAUAUUUUUAUUUAUUUUGAAUUAGAAUGUAAUAAGGAAAAUCAAUCUUAAAUGUUUGUGGCAGAGAAAGUGUUCAAAGUCUCUUCUAAUAUAUAAUCAUCUUCUAUGGAGGCUUAUCUUUUGAUCCACACAAUCAAUAGUAUGUGUGUAUAAUGCAAUAAAGCAUUUUUCUUUAAGAUAAGAUCAUGAAUUCCAGCCUUACAUUACGACUCAUGGGGUGUAAUUCAUAAUAGCUAGGUGGAAAAGAGUUCCCAAGUCUUGAGGAUACUUGUUUGCAGAGUUUAGUUUAAAUAGUUUAUGGGUGAUGAGAGCUUUCAAAAAGAGUGAGUUGCCUAGGGAUUCUAUGAUCUAGAUGCAUGCAUACCCUAACAGUGUGAGUUAUAUGGAGAUUUUAGAGAUCCUAGAGAAGUCCAAAUCCGUCUUGCAUGUCAAUCUCCCUUGACAUCAUGAGCGAUGUUGAAGGUUAAAUCUUUGCAAGUCCAUUAUUUGACUUGAUUCUGAUCCCUUUCAACAACCUUUUCAAAGACAAGCUUAUCUAUGUAGACAAAAUUGUUCGUUACUCCAGUGUCAGACAAAGGAAUCUUUCCAUUACUAUUUUUCUUGAGGAACAUAAAUCAAUCCUUAGUAUGGGCAACAUAGCCCUCGGCAGAACAAUGUCAUGGUACAUGGAACCUAAAAGUUUAUGGAUCUCAUGUAUUACCUGAUCCUUAUAUGCUUUUCUGAACUAAUCAAGCAGCCAUCGCAUAAAGGAAUCGAUGGUUAGGGGAAUCUUGCAUCCAAUAGCUCCCAUUACAAAUGUAGUAAGAGCUUGAUGGUGCCUUUGGUGCAUCAAACCACUUGCCCUUGCUGUUGAUGAAUGAAUAGCUUGGGUGCCUAGUAUCUCGCUUAUGAGGCAAACUAGCGCAUGAGCUACUACCAUGUCGGUGUAGUGAAGUUAGUCAUGCGUUGCAUUUAGAAUAGCUUCUAGAUGAUGAUGGUAGGAGUUGGUGGGGAAAGGUCCACUAGAACUCAAUUUCAACAAUGGCAAGGACAAGCUCAGUCACAUCUAUCUUUUAAGCUCUAGCUCGACUCAUGUUGAAGUUCAUCCAAAAAAUAACCUAAGAAGUUAUCAUCUAACAUGGGAGAAUUCUCUAAUAUAAGUGAAAUAAACUCAUCAUCCUCAAAAUAGCUAUGGAUGUCACCCUUACAUGAAGCCUAUGAAAAUAUCAACAACCUCAUAUGAUAAUCUUGUGAGAUCUCUUAAACUUUUUUCAUGUUUGGAUGACACACAUCCCACAUUCAAGAUAAAUGUGUUCUUCUAUUAUCUUGUGUGCGCAAAUGUAUAUGAUUUUUACAACAAGAGGCGUAUUCAAUUAUCCUUGUGGUAGCAAUAACUACAUUCGUUGUCCUUAUAUUUGUCCCACUACAUGACACAUGAUGACUUGCAUGUUCUUAAGGAUUUAAAGACGUGCAUUAAUCCACAGACUACCAAAUCAUAAAUCCAAAAAAUUACGUUCAAAAGUAAUAAACCAACUAAUCAUAAGCCUAGUUAAAGAUUUUCAUAAUGCUCAAUAAAAUUUCGCAAUAACUAUCUCUAUAGUUAC